AUGCGGGAGUCCAAUUUUUGCAAUCCCGCCCAGAACAAGGCGAGCGUUUGCAUCUCAUCCGCCGUCUAUGAUCGUCGAGCCAUCGAUUGCACGGCAACCCUGCCGCUCAUCAACUCGCUCAACCAUCUGGCCUACCUCACUUCGACUUCGCCACGUAUUCGAGAGAUGGUCACACUCGACGGCGGUCUCGAACGUCUCAUUCGCAUUCUUCGCACCGUGCCCAAAUCCCCGUCACCACAGGUCCGCGCUUUCUCCAUCAAGGAGAUGCAGGCUGUGUGGAAGUGGAGUCUCGCUUUUCAGUGCGUCGUCAACAUUGGCGUCCGCGGCAGCGAAAGCGUCCGCACACGCGUCGUCGAGGCAGGUAUGGUGCCCGUCACCAUCCGUGUGCUCGAAUCCUAUCUUCGAAGCAUGGACAGGCUCAAGGAAGAACGACGCAAGGAGGCCUUGCUCCAUCAUCAACGGCAUGAAGCACGUCGAGAGGAUCGCUCGCAUCGGGAUCGUCUCGAGCCCUCUACAUCGCACGCCCACCUUGCUACCCUGGAAGGCGAUGAUCGUGCACGUUGGCAGCAUCAUACCACUCGUGAAGACCUCGUGCAAGCGCCGCAUCAGGCUGAUGCAACCUACACCGCAGCCGCCUCGGUCGAUCCUCUACAAAGUACGCAUUUUGCAGCGGUGCAGCCAACGCGAAAUGGGUCGAUCCCGCCCAACGCACACGACCGUCUGCUCACAGAAACGCGGCCGACCACGCCGCUCGAAGACCCCAUCUCGGCACGGCGCUCCUCCGUGUUUGCCGACAUGGAAGCACAGAGCAGCGUCGACGACUACCUGCCGCCACAAGCUUCGCCCAUCCCCGUUGUCGAUGCCGACGAGUCCCAUGCCACCAUGCCCAUAAUCGAUGCCAUUGCCAUCAACUCGUCCGGCGGCGCCCCUUCUGCAGCGUCCGAUGGAACACCGCGAGCGCUGGCGUCUGCGCAAGCUCGAGACAGCGAUCUGGCGGAGGUCAGCUCCUUGGAAGACCUGCGAAGUCACGCGGCAGAGGCGAGCGGCAGCGGUUCCGAGGGCCCCGAGGACGCCGAGAUGUUUGCAGACGAUGCUGACGAUAGCGAGGUCGAUGCAAUCCCGUCAUCUACCACACGCUCGGUCGACUCGGAUCACAUGUCUGGCAGCGGUCAGGUCGAGAUCGACGCGGAUGACGACAAUGUCGAGGAGCGUCGAACCCCACGGCCAGCUCGCCGUGCACUGGCUCCACUGUCUGGCCCCGACUCGCCGCCUCGGGCUGCGCAGACCUUUUUCACGCCCAACAGGCCAACCAAUGCCGUGGCGCCGCCUCUGUUCGAACGGCAGGAUACGGUACGACCAUCGAGAAACUUGCCAACAACUUCCACUUCUCGUCACGCUGCCUCGACCAACUUGGCUUCCACAGCGCUCGCCGCGCAAAUUGGCUCUCACAACGAACCCAAUGAUCGCAGCUCGCUCUUUGAUCGACACCUGUCCCGCGAACAACCGCACGCUCAGGUACGUGCCCAGCCAGGUGCAUCGCACUCGAGGCAAGAUCACCAGCUUCAGCACCAUCAUCAUCACCACCAGCACCACCACCGCCACACGCGAGACGACGCGAGUCAAUCGCAUAGUGCACACUCGGCGGGUCGUGACGGUGAGCCACAGCAGCCACAGCAACGAAGCGUGGCUCCACGCGACGAAGCACGCACCGCAGAAGCAAGGACCACGCUGCCAGCGACCGAGGCGGCCGUGGCUCAUCCGGCCGUUGUGCAGCUGAGCAAUCUGGCCGACACGAACGCACGUGCCGGCAUCGACGUCGUCUACCGCGAAGAAGAGGUCCUCCUCAGCCUGCAAUUGCUGGCCUAUCUCUCGAAGUAUGCACACGUCCGCAUCUUGUUCCAUUCGUCCGACUUCACCGGGGCAUCGCUCAUGGGUCCGCUCGACGCGCUCAACGAGGAGCUGGAGCAGGCCACCAAGCGCAACAAGAGUUGGGACCCGUCCGAGCCCCCGCGUCGCAAUGUCUUUUCGCUUGCCGAAAAGUUCACUCUGCGUUCCUCGCGCAGCAACUCAGCUGCUUAUCCCGCGCCUCGCCUUUCUAUGGAGAUCCAGUACUGGGCCGGCGUCAUUAUGCGCAAUGCCUGUCGCAAGGACGAGUCGCGAGGCGGCAUCCGCCAGUGCGCCAACAUGCUGUGUGGAAAGUGGGAAGAGUAUCCACGCGAAUUCGCAAAGUGUCGACGUUGCCGCAAAGCCAAGUACUGCAGCAAACAGUGUCAGAGCAAGGGCUGGCAGAUGGGACACCGCUACUGGUGCAGUGCCAAGGCGGACGAGGGCGAGGCCAAGGACAAGGAGCGCGAAAAGGCCAAUGAUCCUCACCGAAUCGGACGUAACGAAGACGGUGGUGCCGGUCCUCAGAUCGUGCCUUUGAACAAUCACAACGACGAAAACGCAGGUUUUGCUGCCGCACUCGCCAAUGCAGCCGGUCAAGGACUUGGCAACGCCGACGGACCGCGCCUAAGGCUGAACGGGGAUGUCGGUCUGGACGGUGUGGACGAUAAUGGAAUCAAUGCCAGGCGAUGGCAAGCUGGAGAGGCGGCGCGCGAUACUCAGGCCCGCGACGCGCGAGCUCGUAGCCACUCGCGCCAAGAAAUCGACCUGCCGUCAUCCGAAAACGCAAGCGUGCGAGGAGCACGUCUACAGCCUGUCGAUCUCGGUUCAGCAUUACCUAGCACCUCGGAGUCGGGCGACGCAGCGAUGGAUGGUACCUAUACCGGUGCUGACGGUCGGCAAGAUGGACCUUCAGAGAUGCAUCGUCUCACCUCUUCGGCGUCGUCUUCGGUCGACAUGAUCGUGGAGCCGAGGCAUGCUGUCAGUGCCAGCGAGGAUGACGAGGCAUGGAUCGGCGGUGCCUCCGGCCCCCAGGCUCCCCGUCUCGGCAUGAUGCCUUCGCCUUUCACGGACACAAACGGUGACGCUGGACCCUCGGCAUCCUCAGCCUGGUACGCUGCUGGACCUGUCGAUGGGGUAGAACGCCGCCACGACGCUGCGCAUGCUUUUUCGUCGAACACUUCGUCGCCGUUGCGAGACACGACGACCGACGGCGGGUCGCAAGCGCCUCGUGGUGCUCGUCGAGGUGUACUGCCUGGAUCCCUCGGGCUACCUUCGACGAUGCUGCGACAGGAUCUUCGCGACCGUAGAGUGACGAGCCUUGCCAGCCUAGACACCGUGGACGGAUCGGACGCUAGCGAUGACGAGACGGAGCGGCGGCUAGCUCAGACGCAGGGAAUCCUUCCCGCCUUCGCUGCCGCCGCUGCUGCGGCUGGGCUGCGCGCUCGAGAAGGCGAAGCCCCGCCUCAACCUCCGCAGCGCACGGAUUUGGCCGGCCGCCCAUUGCCGCCUCCCGUGAUUGCGUCACAGAAUGGCGAAGAGGAUGAGCUGGCGUUGGGUGGUCGCGCCACACCUGGCGUAGCUGGCGAGCAAGACUUCGCGACGGGCGAGAUCGACCAGAUGCUCGGUCACUGGGCGACGAGGAGACCAGGAGGCAUCGGUUUGCAGCACCGAUUGGCCGAGGUACGUGCUGACCUGCCAUCUCCGGAGCGAUCGUUGUCCCCCGAAGCAGGCUCAUACGGAAACACUGCCGAGGCUUCCGAAGUUGCGAUGGGCGCUCGGUCAGACGACGAGGAUCUGGGAUCUGCAUCUAGGGCUGCCAGAUACGGGGGGCUGUACGGACAGGCGCCGUUCCACGCCGGCAUCGUGCGCGGGCAAACGCCACAGCCGCACCAUCGACUGCAUCAGCAAAGGUCGGCGAGCGGCUUCAGCCAGUACGGCACUCACGGCACGCGGUUUGGCUAUGGCGAAUCGAUGGGCGAGCCGUCGACGCUGCAGGCGUAUCAUCCGUCGAUGGUGUCGUCUCCGCUUGCACAGACACCUGUCCGUCGCACGAGCGGGCAGGAUGACGGCGAUGCGUCGACCAAUGUAGUCCACGGUCUCGAACAGGCUGCACACACUCUGAGGCAGAUUCAUCAACGGCCCGUUAGCAGCAGUGGCAUCGUGUACGGCAGCGAGGACGUUGCCAUGAUGCACGACGCCGGAUCGGAGCAAGGCGCGGGAGAGUCGAUGCAUGAUCGACCGGCAGCGCCCGAAGACGAGGUGCUCGAGGAUGCGGACGACCGCGACGAUAUCAGUAUGGAUCUCUGA